CACACCCCGGGUGGGGGACUGGUUCCCCUUCUUUCCUUAGUCUGUGCCCGCGGACCCUACAGAGCUUCGGGUUCGAUCAUGAACCGGAGUCUACAAAGCGUGAAUCUGGUCGGGCAUCUUGGUCCUAGGUCAUUUUCUCGCUGAUCCUGCCUAGGACGGGAGGAGGAGGCAGAAAGUGGGGUGUCGAGUCUGGCCACCUUGUUGAGGGCACCGGAAAGGUCCUGAAAAGGCGGAGGUACCUGCAGUGCCCUGAGGUCCCGGCCACCAGAUAUGGAUGAUUAUAGAAGAUACUUUAGCGAUGAGUUUUAUAACAGAUUGUGGAUUGGAUGAACCAUAUUCAUUUGCAACAUGAUGUUUAGUACCAGGACUCUUCCCUGUCAUUGGUUUCCUUCAAGAAGAGAAAUACAGCACAGUGCCCGGUCCAGUGGCUUGAUUUGAUGUUUCUACCUGGAACAUGUGGUGUGUUCUCAGUGCCUGUGUCUGAGUCAUAUCAUUGAUCUUUCAUUUAUUUUCUCUGAUCCUCACCAUCCAUCUCCAUCAAGAGCAAAGGAGGAAAGAUCAAAGAAGACUAUGCCAGAGAGCCAUGAUGACCCUGCACAGUAACAGUACAACCUCUUCCUCAUUUGUUAACAUCAGUUCUUCCUGGAACCAAGGCACCUCAGGCCCAGGUCUUCCCCCUCGCUAUGGCAGCUACAACGUCUCUCAAGCCUCUGAGACUUUUUCCAACAAUGCUACAAACAAUGACCCUCUUGGUGGUCACACCAUCUGGCAAGUGGUCUUCAUCGCCUUGCUGACUGGCAUCCUAGCCUUGGUGACCAUCAUUGGUAACAUCCUAGUGAUCGUGGCAUUUAAAGUUAACAAGCAGCUAAAGACGGUCAACAACUACUUCCUCUUGAGCCUGGCUUGUGCUGAUCUGAUCAUUGGUGUUAUUUCAAUGAACCUUUUUACCACGUACAUCAUCAUGAACCGAUGGGCUUUGGGGAACUUAGCUUGUGACCUCUGGCUCUCUAUUGACUAUGUGGCCAGCAAUGCUUCGGUCAUGAACCUUUUGGUCAUCAGCUUUGAUCGGUACUUUUCCAUCACCAGGCCACUCACAUACCGAGCUAAACGAACAACCAAAAGGGCUGGUAUGAUGAUUGGCCUUGCUUGGAUCAUCUCCUUUAUCCUUUGGGCUCCUGCCAUAUUGUUCUGGCAGUACUUUGUUGGGAAAAGAACUGUUCCCCCAGGGGAGUGUUUCAUCCAGUUCCUCACUGAACCUACCAUUACCUUUGGCACUGCCAUAGCUGCCUUUUAUAUGCCUGUGACUAUUAUGACUAUUUUAUACUGGAGGAUCUACAAGGAGACUGAGAAACGUACCAAAGAGCUUGCAGGACUACAGGCCUCAGGAAGCGAUGCAGAGGCUGCCCACUUUGUUAAUCCAACGGGCAGCUCUAGGAGCUGCAGUAGCUAUGAGCUCCAACAGCAAACCCUAAAACGCUCAACCAGGAAGAAGUAUGGCCGCUGCCAUUUCUGGUUCACAACAAAGAGCUGGAAACCCAAUGCUGAACAGAUGGAUCAAGAGCACAGUAGCAGCGACAGCUGGAAUAACAAUGAUGCUGCUGCCUCUCUUGAAAACUCUGCCUCAUCUGAUGAGGAAGACAUUGGCUCGGAGACAAGAGCCAUUUACUCCAUUGUGCUGAAGCUCCCGGGUCACAGCACUAUCCUGAACUCCACCAAAUUACCCUCAUCAGAGGACCUGCAAGGAUCAGAGGAGGAGCUGCAAAAAACCGACUUGGAGAAGAAAGCUAACAAGCUACAAGCUCAGAAGAGCAUGGAGGAUGGAGGCAGCUUUAGGAAGAGCUUUGCCAAGCUUCCCAUUCAAUUGGAGUCAGCUGUGGAGACUGCCAAGACACCAGAGGCCAUUUCUUCUGUUGCUAAGACAACAGCAGCUCUGCCUCUUUCCUUCAAGGAGGCCACACUGGCCAAAAGAUUUGCCCUAAAGACCAGAAGUCAGAUCACUAAACGGAAAAGGAUGUCGCUCAUCAAGGAGAAGAAAGCAGCACAGACCCUCAGUGCAAUUUUACUUGCCUUUAUCAUCACCUGGACUCCGUAUAACAUCAUGGUCCUGGUGAACACCUUUUGUGAGAGCUGCAUCCCUAAAACCUAUUGGAACCUGGGGUACUGGCUCUGUUACAUCAACAGCACAGUGAACCCCAUGUGCUAUGCACUGUGUAACAAAACGUUCAGAACCACAUUCAAGAUGCUGCUGCUGUGCCAGUGUGAUAAAAGAAAGAGGCGCAAACAGCAGUAUCAGCAAAGGCAGUCAGUUAUUUUUCACAAGAGGGUACCACAGGAGGCUUCAUAAAAUGAAAAAUUUUUAAAACAACAGCAGCGACCAAACACACAUGCACUUCAACCCCAUACACCUUGAGAAAGGGAAAGGGGAGGAUUUUUUUUUCUGGUAUUGAUAUUAGACAUUUCAACGUCCAGAUGUGAAAGCCGCUGCCUGGCUGAUGUAUCCUUUUAAUAAACCUAUUUUAAUAUAAAAAGUCAAAUGCACAUUAAGCAAAAGAAAAAAAAUAUACUACUGGAUGGUAAAACAUUAACUCGGAAGUUGUUCCUUUACCACUUUAAAUGGUUUUCCUAAAAAGGGAGGAAAGCAAAGUUGUACAGUAGUUAUAAACCCAUUAUUGACCUGCCCAGGUCCAUUGAGUCAUAUCAGCUCUGGGAACUCAGGUAAGCACAUCAAGCUGGCCUAAUUUCCAACUUCUUUCCAAGGAUCCUGCAAGUAUUGAUCUAGCCUCUUGGACAGAGGAGGCCAGCAAGAAGGUGGUUGUGAAAAGUUUUAACAUGUUACGAGGCGGCAUCUUGUUGUCCCAAUAGAGCUUCCUGUCUUCUCUUUGGUGUAUCGUUGUUAAACCCUACCUACCUGUGGACUUGAUCCUCCAUCCUUACGGAGUACUGUUUUGUGCAGCUAAAGUUUCAUGUAUAUGAAAAUAAAUACGUAUAUAUGUGUGGGUACAGAGCGCACACACACAUGUAUAUAAUAUACUGGGAAACAACAAAACUGGCAAAUUAUUCCUGCAAUACAUGAUUUCAGUAUUUCGGCAACUAAAGUUCUCUGGAAACCUAACACAACACAAAUGUACAACGUGAUCCAGAUGAAAGAAGUAUCACUUAAUGCUUUUAAAUCAAGAGUGUUUUUAGGGGCCAUUCAGAGAACAGCAGAAUCCUAUCCAAAGUACACCCAGAUGAGGCCGGCAUUGUACGGCUGUGCCUAUUAGAUGCCCUCAUGUUCAGUCUGAGCAGCUAAGCAACAUCAGCAGAUCUGUGGAGAUUGGUGGUCUCAAGACCAUCUGAGUCCAGAUCAGCCAGGAAAAUCAACCUCUUCUGGGCUCUAGCACCCUACACUGAGGACUGGGUAGCCAGCUGCAUUGGUUUAAAGCUUUCUGUACCUGUGCUAAGGCCCAGGCCCCUUGGAUCUCAAAAAAUGAAUUGCAACACAGUGUUUUUGAGUUCUCCACAGUCUCAGAUCUGAGCUUGCGGCUAAACAAAAUUUCUGUGAUAUGCUUGAAACUCGACAUUAGUGACGUGGCUGUCUGGGUCUCAUCAAUUGCAAUAUUUCUGGUAAUAAUAAAAGGAAAAGUUUUUUUUUUAAAAAAAG